UCCUGAUCAUACGGCAAAGACAGAGUAAGUGAAGCUUCUGGCAUCUGUAAGAUUGAAUUUUACAAUGUCCUCCGACGAGCAAGAUGCUUUGGACGCACUGGAGAAGGAGGCGUCGGAUUUCAUCAAGGAUGCGGAAAUCGAUCGCAUUCGAAAAGCUUUUCAAUUAGAUGCAUAUGCGGUCCUAGAUCUUCAGCCAGGUGUCCCCGAAUCCGACAUCAAAUUACAGUAUCGCAAAAAGUCCCUUCUCAUUCACCCUGACAAGACAAAAAACCCUGCUGCCCCAGAUGCCUUCGAUCGGCUCAAGAAGGCCCAGACGACAUUAUUGGAUGAGAAGGCCCGUGCGUAUCUGGAUGAAUGUAUCGCUGAUGCGCGACGGCUCUUGAUCCGGGAACAUAAGUACACAGUAGACUCCCCGGAAUUGCAGACGGAAGAAUUCAAAAAAGAAUGGCGUCAGAAGACCGUUGAGGUGUUGCUAGAAGAGGAAGCGCGCAGACGAAGACAGCUUAAGGCCAAGCUGCAGGAGGAAGGACGAGAGAAGCGCAAAGAGGAAGAAGAGUUGGAGGCAAGGAAACGGAAGCGAGAGCAGGAGCAAGCCUGGGAAAAUACGCGAGAUGAGCGGAUCGGAAGCUGGCGAGAAUUCCAAAAGGGGCAGAAGAAGGGGACCGAUGGUGACAAGAAGAAGAAGAAAAAGAUGAAAGUUCUGGGCUAAUGAUCUCGGAUACAAUGUCCGAAUCGAUCGGACUGUGGUCAAUUGGCGUUUGGGAUGCCUCUAUUCUAGUUGUUCUCUCAUCUCUCAAUGUUUCAAGAUAUCUGAUUAUGUAUCUUAGCGGUUCUUACUUAAAGAUUCAAGAUCUAACCCCAUGAGGGCCAUGACCGUUG